AUGGACGACGACGAUAUGUUACCAUCGGUCUCUGAGCGAGGAUCUCCUCAUGGCAGCCCUACCGCGUCCGACGACGAAGACGGCGGCCCAAGCAUCAUCCAGCACCGCGCCCGAAUCAUUGAGUGCCUCUCCGACAUGAUGGCUCAGUCGCUUCAAGCAAUGCAGGAGUACUUUUCCAACCACGAUGACUACACCGCCCUGAGCGAGAAAGACCAGAAGACCCUUUUUCAAGCUUCGAUCAUGGAGAUUUUGAUCGUCAAGUGCUUUUUCACUUAUCGACAGGGGCGAUUCUACACCGACCAGGGUGUCGAAAUCAUUUCCAGAGAGACCCUCCUUCUCGGUACCAACGAUCAAACUUUCGUCAACGGUUUCUUCGACUUCUUUUCCCAAAUGGAGCGGCUGAAUUUCAGCGAGGAGCAGGCUCUCAUUCUUAUGUCGAUUUCAAUGUUCGACCCGAAUCGCGUGGAGAUAGUCCACCUGGACGAGCCCGAUCGAGUCAGGAAUCUGUUCAACAAGUACAUCGCCGAGCUGAGCGCGAGUCUACCCACCUCCGGCCUUCUCCUCCGCAGCUCCCUAAAAGAUUUGAAGAGCGGAUUCAAGGAUAUCUUGAUGCGCAGCUCCACGAAUCCCAUGGUCGACCUGGGCGAAAAUGUCUAUAAUUUUCUUUCAAUGAUGACAAACUCCGCUAGAUGGCAGCAAUAG